GUAGUGUCCAUUUUCAAGUCGUUCGAAAAGUACGUUUUGCAUUUUGUGUUCACUAAUAAGAGAAAAAUUGCAAUGAAUUUGAUACCAUCGCUCUAUUGCUUGUGUAUAUUGCUUAUUUUUGUGCUAAUAGACGGUAAAGAUCCAAAUACAAUUCAAGUGAACUUCAGAAAUUCGUCAGUGAAAUCCACAUUAGCAGGCGCAAAUUUCGAAAAUGUGUUGACUUCGAAAGCUAAGGCCAAAUCGUGUUCCUCAAAGUGUUCGCAUAGUCUCAGCGCCGGCAAAGGCACCACUACACUCCGUCCUGUAGUGGAACGCAUUUUCUCACGCAAGAAACGUUUUCUACUUGCACCAGCCAAGACACGUUUUAAAUUUACACUACAAAUGAGCAAAAAACUACUUGCCAACUAUCCGACAGGUUUCAGCUUCAACAUCGAAUUGGCUGUUUAUUAUCCCAUGAUCACAAGUCGCCUAGAUUUAAUACCUAAGCGCUUACGUCCGAAAACCACAUCGCAACCUAAAGCGAAGGGCCCUACCACUCCACUAAUCGUACAAAUACCUGGUUCAUUGAUACGCUAUAAAGCCAAACCCGCUACUAAACCGGCAAAAGUACAACGCAUCGAUGAAUCGGGCCAACAGUUGCAAUGGGUGGGUGCGAAGCCAGCAGCGCCCACCUCUGCUGCCGCCCAAUAUUACACGCAACCGCUGAAGUGGCAGCAAUGGUCCAAGUAUGGCGCGCCUGGCUAUGCGCAGCGUUAUGAAUGGACACCCGCAAAGCAGUGGCCGGAGAAGCAGCCCACUUGGCUGUCGCAAGACUCUAAAUGGAGUAAGUGGACUACUACGCCAUUGCCGUGGGUGGCACCGAAAGAGAAGUGGCAGCAAAAAGCCAGUAAAUGGCAGCAAUGGGAUAACAACGCUUGGGCACAACACGCCCGCUGGCAGCGCGAUACACCAGGAGAAGACAUUGAAAAUAUGGAACCUGCUGCACAUCUUGAAACUGAGAGUAAUUUGAGUUCAGCUGAAAUUUUAGAAGAAUUGGAGGAAAUUGAACCGCUGUAUGCACAUUUUCCUGAACUGGAGGAUCAUCACGAGUGGAAACAUUACCAUAGCUAUCGUGAUCGUAGACAGUUAUAUCAUCAGUUGCAUGGUUUGAGUGGCAUUCUCGGUAUUGACCUGAAGUCGUGUGUUCUGCGCGUCAUCUGUGACUGCAAACGUUUCCUGCUUCCACCUGGUUAUUCAAUGGUACAGGACAUACUGAGAAAGUUGUUUACCUUUCCAACUAAAAUUGGCCUGGAGGACGAAUUCAGCCGAAUUGUGAAACAGAACUAUAAGACGUGUGAUGCGCAGCUAAGAACAGCGUGCCCCUUUAACAUACUCGCUUGGCUAAUGGGACAGAAACAGGGCUAACAACUGGUGAUAUUAAGCAAAUAUAAUAAAAUGAAAAAACAAAAACAAUUUAGUAAAAGCAAAAAAAGUGCGACAAAAAUUGGAAA